AUGGUCAAGGACGGUGAAUCCACAGCCUUUCAUCCGACUCUUGGUGUUAGUAACAUUAAGAAUGUCAUUCCUCUAAUUCUUGAUCGUGAAAAAGUCCAAUAUUCCAAUUGGGUUGAGUUAUUUGAGUGUCAUGCUCAUGCUUUUGAUGUUCUUGAUCAUAUUGACCCAAAAACACCACGUCCUAUAGACCUUUUCGACACUAUGUGGAAAAGGCUUGAUUCCGUUGUCAAGAAUUGGAUUUAUGGUACUAUCUCUACUGAUUUGCUAGAAACAAUCUUGUGCAAAGGGGAUACGGCACAACAAGUUUGGGAUAAACUUAAGGAAAUUUUCCAAGAUAACAAAACCACUAGGGCUGUUUAUCUGGAAAAUCAAUUUAAUCAAUUGUAUCUAUCAAAAUUCUCUGACGUCUCUUCUAGCUUAUUGUCGAGAAUUAAAAAAUUUGAAGGAUCAAAUAGCUAA